AUGUCAAGACAUUAAAGACAGAAAAGCAAUGAUUGUUUAAACAUCACAUGCAGGUGCAGAGGAGAGAAGCAAGCCUGCAGUGCUGUGGGUCAUGUACUUCAACAUGAGGGACACAUCAGCCCUGGACAGCAGCAACUACAGCCUGCCGAGCAACGUUCACGUGUGCACCGGUCCCGAUGGCAGCCUGUGCAGCGACUACUCCAUUAAACUGGCUGAAUCCGUGUUUCAUCAUAUCCUCCCUGAUGAAGAGUUCUGUCCGCCCGCGCCCAACCCAGAGGACAUUAUCUAUGACGGCGAUGGUCCGCAGGCCGAAGGGCCCGGCUUCGACGAGAGUACUAACACAGAAGAGGAUAAAAGCCAGGCAGAGGAAGAAGGUGCCGCCCAUGAGAAGAGUCCAUCGACUGAGAGCUCUGAACCUGCAGAGAUGGACAGUGUUACCCAGCAGGCACCAUCGGACACGACCCCACCCUCUGAAGAAUAACCCCUUUAGAGACGCUUGUUCAUUUCUCCACAAUCACUGAGCAUUUGGAAUCCAAUCUUCAAUCAUCCAGUUCUCAAUCCUGUUAUGUUCAUCAACCCUUUUUUUUAUACAUUUUACGUGCCUUUCUUUUGCAUUUUCACACGCGAUACCGGUUUUAUUUUGUUACUGUAAGCUGUUUAUGUAUUGAAAUUUUUUCUAAAAUGUAUUCACACUUUUGCAUGGUUCAAGUAAGGUGCUUGAAUUAUACUGUAUAUUCUGGAGUUAUUCAGACGACUAAGAUUAAAUGAUUUUGGUCACAUGCAGGACCAAUACUCUUAUUUUGGCUGCUGCUUCAAAUCUUCAAACCUUGUAUUUCAGAUGUCUAUUUGAAUGCUGUCUGUCUUUUCAUUCGGCAUUACGUCUGUUUUGUGUCGUCGCUUCCAAAUAUACGCUAUAAAUGUAUCAUGGCUGCUGGUAUUAAAUAUUUAAUUGAAGAUG